AUGGAAAUUUCGGUAACAACAAAAAAUCUAUUAGUACUUCUUGGAUACUUAUCAACUGCCAUUUCUGUUAUUUGGUUUCUUACAACCAUUGCUAUAUAUUGGAAUUCACCAUACCAAGCAAUAUCACUAUAUGAAUAUCGUUGGUUAUUAUCAUCAUUAAUUAUUACAUCAUUCUUCAUUUAUCUCUUCGUUAAUUCUAAUUCACUGAUAAUUUUUACGGCAACUUAUGCAUCAGCUCAAUAUACUCUAAUUUAUAGUAUUGCAUCGGUAGCAUUUAGUAUUCUCAAUCUUUUUCACGUUUUUACCGUAUGGUCCAGCAAAGAACGACGUGAAACGAAUUAUUUACAAAUGAAUGCAUUUCUUGGCUUUUUAUCAAUUCUUAGUGUACUUCUAACUUACUACUUAUUAAAAAAUUUGAUUAAAUUAGCACAAACUAUGGAGGAAAAUAUGCAAUCAUUUGAACAUAAACAUCAAAUUAUGUUCUGUUCCAUAUUUCAUCUUAUUCUUGGAUUAUCAAACUUUGCAGUGUGUUACGAAAUGAAUGCAAACGCUCCCUAUGCUUCACCAUUUAUCGUGCAGCAAGUUUGUUGCGCAUGCCUAGCAUUAUCAAUUGCAUAUAUGCAGUGGUAUUUUCGUGAUGCAUGCAACACGCAUAUUUUGCGGGCAGUUGUAAUCAUGAAUGUUUGCCAAUUUGUACAAGAAAUAAUGUAUGCAUACAGUACAUAUAUGCUAAUUAUGAUUAUGAGACGGAAAAAUGAUGUGACAUACAAAUUUAGUUUAUUUGAUCAAGCUGAGGUUUUGCAUUUAUUAGUUGGCUCAUUUGUAAUUCAUGGCUUACGUCUUAUUACGUGUGCAUAUCCUGUAGCUGUUUUUGCAAAAAAAGCUUUUCCUGUUGAAUUUUUAUGUCGUAUUCGUUUUGCACCAAAUCGUACACGUGGCAUUAGCCUUGCGCAAGCUAAGCGAGCUGAUAAUGCUGAUAAAAGAAAAAGUAAGUUAUUGUUUUAUGUUGCUGUAGUAUUAUCAGUUUUUUGUAUUGCUACGGAUAUUACUUACUAUAUGUGCAAUGAUGCGAAACGAAUUGGUCAUACUGCAAUUUCACUAAUUUAUACAAUUUGCUUAUCAAUUAUUUAUUAUCAUUAUCGAAAAGAACGACGAACUAUGUUUCUAAAAAUUCUAGCUGUUUUAUCAAUUAUCAUCAUAAACUCAUCCAUUCAUACACUUUAUGUAUUUGUUGAAGCUAUGUUUACCGGUCGUUUAUAUUAUGUUUUGAAUAAAAGCAUUGGAAAUUUUGUAAUAAACGGUAGUUACUUUUUUCUAUCAUUGGGCUUAGCAGUUUUAUCAUUUAAAUCAAUCAUAUUUUGUUUUCAAACAAUAAUAACGCAUACACCGCUAUACACUCAACCAAUAGCUAUUAUGCGAUCACUUCGUUGGCUUAUUACUUUGGCUUAUGUUCUCAUUGCUGUUACUGCUUUAGAAAUACUUUUUACAAUGACUAUGUACAAAUUAUUUUCAACACGAAUUGAUUUCAUAUUGGGCACAGAAUUUUUCUUAUGGAUUAAUUCCAUUUCGACAUGCUUGUUGCAAAUUUGGGUUUGUAAACAUGAACGAUUUCAACGAUGUGUAAUUAUACUUAUCAUACAGUUGAUAUCGGAUUGUUCAACAAUAUUAUUACUGAUUAUGGUACAAGCAGGAAUUGUUCAAACUGUCAUUGCAAUGAUGACACGUCAUAGUAAAACUUUACAAUAUGCCAGCGCACGAAUAUUUUAUAUUGUGAUCGAUCAUAUAUUGCAAAUUAUUCAGUGGGCAUUGAAUAUAUGUUCACUUGGAAUAGCAUUAAUUGUAUUAGAUAAAAUGGAAACAGAAGAUGAAACUGAUAAUUCUGCAUUUGAUAAUGAAAAUUUUCAUGUUCCAAGCAUGCGUGAACUUUUAACAAUUGAACAAAGUAACUCUGAAACUAAUCGCACACGUUGCAGUGUCUUUGAUAGAUCAGCUAAUAUUGAUUACAUCUGGGGUGAGAGUGAGAUAUCAUUUGAUGACGAUGAUAAUUUUGAUAAUAGACAAGAUACAAAUACAAAUGAACGUGAUAGUGAUAUGAAUGAUUGA